AUGUCUGAGGUUUAACAACUUGAAUAAUAAAAAGUAUCAAUUGAACAAAAUUAAGAAAUGUUAUCAAAUUGGAUAUCUUUAAAAAAGAUCUUAAGCUCCAAAUUUAAAAGUGCAUAGGAUGCAUUUAAAGCUUUGAAAAAAGAGGGAUGCUAAAUAUUAACUAUCGAAGAUUUCUAAGAAUACUCAAAAGGGUUAGAUUUGUCCUUGUUAUUUAAAGAUGUUGAGUUAAAUGAAGGAAAUUUUGGGAAAGUUUGGGAAAAUUGGGAAUAUAAAUAAAAAUAAAACGAACAUAAAUUAUAAAUAAUAAAUGAAAAACUUAAAUUACUUUCUAUGUUUGAAAAUAAGGACUAAAAUAACGAAGCUAAAGCAGAUGUGAUAUCAAAUAAAAGUAUUCAAAAACUAAUUAGCAAUUGCGAAUCCCUUGAUUAAUUAUAAGAAAAGUUAGAUUUGCUUGUAGAAGAAGGAUAAAAGUAAAAAAACAAAUCUGAUGUUUUUUAAAAUGAAACAGAUUGCUUUUCUAUCUACUAGUCGAAGAAAAAUGAAUAACAGCCUGAAGAAUUGUAUAUUAGUAAAUUACAGUUAAAGUUUAAUGAAGGUGCAGAAGGAAAUCUGCAAACUAUCAAAAAGAACAUUAAAAGCUAUAUUGAGGGUCAGCAUCAUCAUUUCAGAAACUAAACUGAACUUAGCAAUGGUACACUUCUCUAAAGCGCUCUUUUAAAUAAGGCGUCUUUGAUGACCAAUCCUAAGCCUUAUGAGUGA